GCACUACAGACCUGCCGUGGCACACUGCACAAACCGAGGGGCUAAAAGACCCCGCCACCGUGCGAAGAGAAGCGAUGCCAUGAAGCGUGUACAUGAGUACUACUCUACACACGCUUCAUGUCCCACCGCUCUCGGCCCCGGAUAGUUGUUCUCACAACCGAGCCCUCGACUUCUCCACGCAAAUCGAAGACAACUAAGCGAUAGCUACAACUCAUCAGACGCUGAGAACGUAGUAGCAUGGAGAAGGAAAAAAGAAAGGAAAAUCCACCUUCAUGUUGUAACUAGAGCAGAGUGGCAACAAACAUGUUCAUCACUGGAGAGAGGGGCGGAGGGGGGGAGGAGGGCGCUAACCCCGAGGCGAAAGAUAUCCUAUCAGGAUUGGGGCUCGAAACGCACGGUUGCAGGUCUGUGGCAACACCAAGGACAAUGAAAAACAACCUGCUCAGAAAUGUGAUUGCGCAGGCUAUUCAUAAGGGGGGUCAGGGCGUCUCUUUCGCCCGCCGCAGGUCUUGGACCAACCCAUGCUUGCUCAUCUUGUUUGUGUUCAUUUGUCUUUGUUCCACUUUGCCCCCGCACCUCCGAUCAGACAAGGCACACCGAGUGUACGGUAGAUGUUUUCGCCAGGCCCUUCUACCUCUUCAUCUUUCGCCGGUUGGAUGCGUGCCGUGUCGUGGUGGGUCUCUUCCGGACAAUGCGCGCCAUAUGUGCAAGCCAUGUGGCGAUAGGGCUUGGAGUCGGUUGAGAAGGCUUAAUUGAAGGAAGCCGCCGCGGUAAUCAGUAACACCCAUCAUCGCAAAAAUCAGAGUGACCGUCCAUGAACCCAGACCAACACUGCGAGGGGAGGAGGGGGU